AAGGUUAUCUUAAUUAAUAUAUUAGUCCCAAACAAAAAUUCCUAACUCCCCCGUAUAGGCCUGAGCUUUUCUUAUUAAAGCCAACCAUAGCUCAUUCUCACAGUCCAUACAGUUCCAUAAAGAGAUAGGAUGUCUUGGUUUGUAAUAAUAUUCUUUCUCAGCCUUGCAUUUAAUAGCCUUUCGGAGGCUGGCCAUGAGAAGAAUCUUCCAUCUGCCAUUGUUGUUGGCAGUGUCUACUGUGACACAUGUUUCCAGGAGGAUUUCUCAAAGUCCAGCCACUUCAUAUCAGGUGCAUCUGUGGCUGUAGAAUGCAAGUAUGGGACUUCAAAACCAAGUUUUCAUAAAGAAGUGAAAACAGAUCAGCAUGGAGAAUUUAAAGUGCAUUUGCCUUUCUCAGUAAGCAAACAUGUGAAGAAAAUUGAGGGAUGUUCUGUGAAAUUGAUCAGCAGCAGUGAGCCUUAUUGUGCUGUGGCCUCAACAGCAACUUCAUCUUCACUCCAUCUCAAGUCAAGAAAGCAAGGGACUCACAUAUUCUCUGCUGGGUUUUUCACCUUCAAACCAUUAAAGCAGCCAAACCUAUGUAACCAAAAACCAAGCAUUCAAAAUUCCAAGGAAUUGGGUUCCAAUAAACGCUCACUUCCUCCAACUGAUGGUCUAGAUUUUCCACCUCCAAUUCAAGACCCAACAAGCCCAUAUCUCCCCCCUCUUCCUAAACUGCCUGAGCUUCCACCAUUGCCACUACUCCCUCCUCUCCCAAACCUUCCAGGACUUCCAUUUCCACCACCUAAUCAAGGAAAUACUACAAACUCAAAACCUACUACUACUGAAUCCUUAAAGAAAACUCAGUUACAAGAUGAAAAGGAAGCCCACCCAGAUGAUCUCUUUCCACCACUUUUAACACCAGUUUUACCCCCAAUUCAAGACCCAACAAGCCCAUAUCUUCCCCCUCUUCCUAAAUUGCCUGAGCUUCCACCAUUGCCACUACUCCCUCCUCUCCCAAACCUUCCACCAUUGCCACUACUCCCUCCUCUCCCAAACCUUCCAGGACUUCCAUUUCCACCACCUAAUCUAGGAAAGACCACAAACUCAAAACCUACUACUACUGAAUCCUUAAAGAAAACUCAGUUACAAGAUGAAAAGGAAGCCCACCCAGAUAAUCUCUUUCCACCACUUCUUCCGCCACUUUUUCCACCACUUUUACCACCAAAUCCAUUCCAGCCAUCUCCUCUUAUUCCUAACCCUUUCCAGCCACCUCCUCUUAUCCCUAACCCAUUUCAACCUCCACCAGCACCAUUGUUACCUUCCCCACCAGCAGGUCCAGCACCAUUGUUUCCUUUUCCACCAAUACCAGGUUUCACUCCAUCACCACCACCACCAGCUCUGCCAUUCCCUUUCCCUCCAAUAGUUCCUCUCCCACCUAUCCCUCGCAUCCCUGGCAUCCCUCCUGCUCCUUCUUCAAAGCAAAUUAGUUCUCCUUGAUUAAUCAGAAUCUAUCCAGCAUGUACAAUUCUUCAAUAAUAGCUUUCACAUGUUCUUCACUUUGUUUCAUGUAAAUUAUAAUAUAUAUUUGUGGAUUUGCCAGAACAAUGAAGUUGGAUGUUUGUGGAGCAUGUACUGUGUCUACUGUCAGUGAGUAAGGAGAAAUAAAUACUAAAUUGUUGUAUUAUUGUAAUAAAGCUAAGAUUUCUGUCAA